AAUUCCGUAUAAAUAGUAAAAAGAUUUGUGACAUUAUUUCAAUGUUGGUUUAACUGCAAAAGAAUUCACUACAAAAACAUGAAAAUUACAAGCGUUAUAUUAAUAGUAGCUGUCGUUUCUUUAUGUAAUGGUGGCCGCCAUAAAAAGAAAGGACAUGGACUAUUUGGAUACGCCCCAGCAUAUACAAAUUUCGUAGAAAAUUUUCCUUACCAUAUCUUAAAAUAUACCCUCGAUAGACUAAUACAUCACGACGAUCAUCAUGAAGACGAUCAUCAUGAGGGGAUUCUAUCCAAUUUAAUCUAUAACACUUUUGGAAUAGGAAAACAUCAUCAUGGUCAUCACUCACAUCAUCAUGGUCACCACUCACAUCAUCAUGGUCACCAUCAUAGCUUACAUCACGGUACUCAUCAUGAUUCACAUCAUGCAUUACAUCAUGAUCUACAUCACGGAUCACAUCACAGUCUUCAUCAUGAUUUACACCAUGGUGGUCAUCACGAUUUACAUCAUAGUUUAGAUCAUCACCAUGGACUUCAUCAUCAUAAUUUACAUCAUGGACUUCAUCACUACGGACUUCAUCAUCAUGAUUUACAUCAUGGCCUUCAUCAUCAUGAUUUACAUCAUGGUCUUCAUCAUCAUGAUUUACACCAUAGUCAUCAUCAUCAUGAUUUACACCAUGGUCUGCAUCAUCAUGAUUUACAUCAUGGACUUCAUCAUUAUGGGCAUCAUCACCAUGAUUUGCAUCAUGGACUUCAUCAUUAUGGGCAUCAUCACCAUGAUUUGCAUCAUGGACUUCAUCACUAUGGGCUUCAUCAUCAUGAUUUGAAUCAUGGACUUCAUCAUCACGGAGUCCACCAUAAUUUGCAUCACGGAUUAAAUCAUUUACAUCACGGUUUGCAUCACUUACACCAUGGUUACCACAACCUACACCACCAUAGUUUACAUCAUGGUGUUCAUGAAAUUCAUCAUCAUCAUCAUCCAACAAAUUACGCAGGGUUAUUCACGAAUUACAUACCGAUACACACUGGAUUCGGUGGUCAUUUUGGAAGUUUUGGAGGGAUUAUGUGA